AUGUGUGAUAUAGUUUGCAGAAGUUAGACAAAGCGUAGUAUUAAAUCUUUAGAAAUAACAAUCAAAGAAAUCUCAAUAGAUAAAAGGUUAUAAGCGUGAAAAAGGUGUAUCUAUCGCAAUUUAAAAACAAACGAGGAAAUCGAAACUUUUAUAUUAAAAUAUCUGUUCUUAUUUAAUAUGGUUUCAAUUCGCUAUUUAUUAUAUGCUUACAGGCAUUAUAGUUCUCUCUCGUCUAAUGUACGUGUUAGAUUUGCACCUAGCCCUACUGGUUGCUUGCAUUUGGGAGGACUUAGAACUGCUUUCUUCAAUUAUUUAUUUGCUAAAAAAAUGAAAGGAAAAUUCAUUUUGAGAAUUGAGGAUACUGAUCAAAAAAGAAUAAAACCAGGUUCAGUUGAAAAUUUAAAUGAAAUGCUUAAAUGGACUGGGCUUAUUCCAGAUGAGAGCCCCUCUAAAGGUGGAUCAUAUGGACCAUAUGUACAGUCUGAAAGGUUGAGAAUAUACAAGGAAAAAAUUGAAGACUUGUUGAAGUCAAAUGCAGCAUAUAGAUGUUUUUGUUCAGAAACAAGACUGAAUAUUAUGAAAAAAGAUGCAUUACAAAGAAAUGAAAGCCGAGGAUAUGAUAAUAAGUGUAGACACUUAAAAGAGUCUGAAAUUCAAACACUGUUAAAUGAAGGAAUUCCAUACACAAUUCGAUUCAAAAUUCCCGAGGAACCAGUAUCUCAUAAUGACAUUAUAUUUGGUACCCAUACCCAUAGUGUUUCUGAAAAUGAAGGAGACUUUGUUAUAUUAAAAAGUGAUGGUUUUCCUACUUACCAUUUUGCAUGCGUUGUUGAUGACCAUUUAAUGUAUGUAAGCCAUGUUUUGCGUGGAACUGAAUGGCUGAUUUCUACUCCAAAACACAUCAUGCUUUAUAAUGCCUUUGGAUGGACUCCACCAAAAUAUGCUCAUCUUCCUUUGUUGACAAACAGUGAUCGAACUAAACUCUCUAAAAGGCAAGAAGCAAUUGGAAUAGAUUAUUUUAAGAAUAAAGGAUAUUUUCCUGAAGCUUUAUUGAAUUUCCUUGCCAUUGCUGGUGGCGGAUUUGGUAAACAAGAAGGAUGCAUUGCUUAUGAUCUUGAAACACUAUGUUCUAAAUUCAACUUGGACCAAGUGAAUAAAAAUUCCUGUAUUGUAGAUUUUAGAAAGUUAGAUUUAUUAAAUAACAACUAUAUUACACGGAAGCUUUCAAACGAUGAAGGUUUUGUUGAAUUGGUUAGAGAUUUCAGACGAAUUUUGAAAACCAAAUUUGGUCAAAGGUAUGAAGAAGAAAGAAAUAAGUUGACUGACUCUUACUUGAAAAAAGUACUCUUAUGUUAUAAGGAUAGAAUGACUACUUUAUUAGAAAUGACUGAAAAAGAUAUGGAAUAUUUAUGGAUUUCCCCAAAGUAUGAGAAUGUAAUGCAGUUGCUCUCAAAUUUAAGGAUACCAGACUCUGUUAUUCGUAGUUUAAAGGAUGUACAAUACCAACUUUCAUUAAUUUCUUCUUCUGAUUACAAUGAAGAAAAAUUGUCUUCCAAACUGAAAGAGAUUAGUUCCGAGUUAAAAAUAAAAUAUUCAAUACUUAUGAGAACUAUACGAGUUGUAACUACUGGACAAAAGGAUGGACCAGGAGUAUCUGAGGUACUCACGAUGCUGGGAAAAGAAGGGUGUUUAGAAAAACUAUCAGCUUUCAUAAAAGAAAUUGAACUUAGAGAGUCUAAAAUAUUUUUGGAAUAAUUAUCUAAACAGUAUAAAAAUAUUAAUUAAGUGAAGUUUUAUUUUUUUACUCUACUUUCUUUAAUAACUAAUAUUAUGAUGAUGAGUUAGAUUUCAUAAACACGAAAUAAAGCAUAUAAACUAAUGGCUGAUGAAUUCUUAUACAAAAUACUGCAGAUUAAGUCCCUCAUUUUAGCUAAGUUGUCCAUCUGCUGCAAUGAUUAGAAUCAAAAAAAUUUUAUAUUCAAUUUAUCAGGCAAACAAUGUGUUCCAAUUUUUACUUUCAAAAAUGUAUAUAAAAUAAUGACAAAAAUGAAAUAUAAGUAUUUUAUUAAUUUGUUGCUUUUCAUAUAAAAUGUUUGUACUGUUAUGAAAAUGUACAUAUUCAUUAAUGUUUAAUAAACUUCAUUUUAUCACCA